UGCGCUCGCUAUCCCCCUUGAAUCCGAAGGAGCUUCCCGAUUGGGCGCUGGGCCUAGGCACGUCACUCAGACCGUGACGUGUAGUCUUCCUGUUUCCUUCAGCUGUGUCUUAAAGUAAAUCUUGUUGUGGUGCGGAGCCCUCAGCUCAGCGAGGCUGCUCUGCUGCUUGCAGAAAGAAAAGACAAUUACAGCCGGGGAGAGAAGAGCGCCGCAGAAGAGCUGGUUCUCCUCCCCUCUCCUCUUUCUCGCUCUCUCUCUCUCUCUCACUCUCUCUGUCUCUCGUACCCUUUCUCUCCCACUCAUUACCCCCCUCCCUCCCUCUCUCCCUCUCUCCCUCUCUCUCUCGCACGCGGGCACUCUUGCUUUCACCCUCCCUUGUCCAGUUGCAAUAUUCAUCAGCAGCCAGAUUAUCAAGGCGAUCUGAGCAUUUGUAUGAGCGCGUUUCUCUCUCUUUCUUUCCUUUCUCUCUAACCAGCAAGGGUGGGGGGGACAGAGAGAGAGAGAGAGAGGGACUCAGUUUCUUCGCCUUUGGAACUGAGGUCCCAGGAUUCUUGAGCUGUGCCCAGCUGACAAGCUUUUGAAGAUGGCACAAUAACUGUUCAGUGAUGCCUGACCAUGACAGCACAGCCCUCUUAAGUAGGCAGACCAAGAGAAGAAGAGUUGACAUUGGAGUGAAACGGACGGUAGGGACAGCAUCUGCCUUUUUUGCAAAGGCGAGAGCAUCGUUUUUUAGUGCCAUGAAUCCCCAAGGUUCCGAGCAGGAUGUGGAGUAUUCAGUGGUGCAGCAUGCAGAUGGGGAGAAGUCAAAUGUGCUUCGCAAGCUGCUGAAGAGGGCAAACUCCUAUGAAGAUGCCAUGAUGCCUUUUCCAGGAGCAACUAUAAUUUCCCAGCUGUUGAAAAAUAACAUGAACAAAAAUGGUGGCAACGAGCCCAGCUUUCAAGCGAGUGGCCUCUCCAGCACAGGCUCAGAAGUACAUCAGGAGGAUGUGUGCAGCAACUCUUCAAGAGACAGCCCCCAAGAGUGUCUUUCUCCAUUUGGCAGACCCACGAUGAGCCAGUUUGAUAUGGAUCGGUUAUGCGAUGAGCACCUGAGAGCUAAGCGUGCCCGGGUUGAGAAUAUCAUUCGAGGGAUGAGCCAUUCCCCAAGCGUGGCAUUAAGGGGCAAUGAAAAUGAAAGAGAGAUGGCUCCACAGUCUGUGAGUCCCCGAGAAAGUUACAGAGAAAAUAAGCGCAAGCAAAAGCUGCCUCAACAGCAGCAACAGAGUUUCCAGCAGCUGGUUUCAGCUAGGAAAGAACAGAAGCGAGAGGAGCGCAGACAGCUGAAACAGCAGCUGGAGGACAUGCAAAAACAGCUGCGCCAGCUUCAGGAAAAGUUCUACCAAAUCUAUGACAGCACAGAUUCUGAAAAUGACGAAGAUGCUGGUAACCUCUCCGAAGACAGCCUGCAUUCGGAAACACUGGAUGUCAGGGCGAGAGAUUCUGUGGGGAGGUCGGAUAAUGAAAUGUGUGAAUUGGACCCAGGGCAAUUUAUUGAUCGUGCAAGAGCUCUGAUUAGAGAACAGGAGAUAGCAGAGAACAAACCCAGGAAAGAUGGCCCCAAAGAAAAAGAUCAUGGGCCCAACUCUUUUCAUCCAGAAGGCAAGCACUUAGCUGAGACGCUAAAGCAGGAAUUGAACACUGCCAUGUCUCAGGUUGUGGACACUGUGGUCAAGAUUUUCUCUUCAAAACCUGUACGUCAACUUCCUCAGGUCUUCCCACCUCUUCAGAUCCCCCAAGCAAGAUUUGCUGUCAAUGGGGAGAACCACAACUUCCACACAGCAAACCAGCGCCUCCAGUGCUUCGGGGACAUCAUCAUUCCAAACCCACUAGAUACCUUUGGGAAUGUGCCACUGUCUAAUUCCACAGACCAAACAGAAGCACUGCCCCUAGUUGUCCGCAAAAAUUCAUCAGACCAGCCUGCCUCUGCCCCACCUCCUGGCAGCCAUCAUGCUGCUCUCCAUCAAUCUCCACUUUCUGCCACCACGGGGUUCACUUCAUCUUCGUUUCGCCAUCCCUUUCCUCUGCCCCUUAUGGCGUACCCAUUUCAGAACCCCUUAGCGGCUCCUUCUGCCUCCUUCCCUGGGAAAGACAGAGCCUCCCCAGAAUCCUUAGAUUUAACAAGAGAGACCACAAGUCUGAGGACCAAGAUGUCAUCACAUCAUAUGAACCAUCACCCUUGUUCACCAGCACAUCCUCCUAGCACUGCAGAAAGCCUCUCAAUAUCUCUUAUCAAGUCUGAGUGUGGUGACCUUCAAGAUAUUUCCGAAAUCUCACCUUAUUCUGGGAGUGCCAUCUACAUGCAGGAAGGUUUGUCACCAAACCACUUAAAAAAGGCCAAGCUUAUGUUCUUUUAUACUCGGUACCCAAGUUCCAAUAUGCUGAAAACCUACUUCUCAGAUGUAAAGUUCAACAGAUGUAUUACUUCUCAGCUCAUCAAGUGGUUUAGCAAUUUUCGUGAGUUCUACUACAUUCAGAUGGAGAAGUAUGCACGUCAAGCCAUCAAUGAUGGUGUAACAAGCACUGAAGAGCUGUCUAUAACCAGAGACUGUGAGCUGUACAGAGCCCUCAACAUGCACUACAAUAAAGCAAAUGACUUUGAGGUUCCAGAGAGAUUCCUGGAAGUGGCUCAGAUCACAUUACGAGAGUUUUUCAAUGCCAUUAUCGCAGGCAAAGAUGUUGAUCCUUCCUGGAAGAAGGCCAUAUACAAGGUCAUCUGUAAGCUGGACAGUGAAGUUCCUGAGAUUUUCAAAUCCCCAAACUGCCUCCAAGAGCUUCUUCAUGAGUAGAGAUUUUCAACCGCUAUUUAUGAAUGUAUUAAAAAAGUAGCAGACUCUCCCUUUUUUAUGCCCAAGCUAUGUGUGAAUGUGUGUGUAUGUGUUUCAUAUAUGAAAUCAGAUCAGAAUCCCUUGUGAUUUAUUAUAAGUUUAGGUCAGUAAUACGUGUAUAAUUAUUUUAACUCCAGCUUUUGUUUUACUUUUGCCUGUGACUUUUAACAUUUUGGGAAAAAACAGUAUUGGGGCAUUUUCUUCCCCUUCCGGUCCCUUUUCUUAUCCCUUGAAAAGAAGAAUGAUUUGAAGUGUGUACAAACCUAUCUAUCUAUCUAUCUAUCUAUCUAUCUAUCUAUCUAUCUAUCUUCUAUCUAUCACCUAUCUACCGAUCCAUGCAUCUAUCUAUCUAUCUAUCUAUCUAUCUAUCUAUCUAUCUAUCUAUCUAUCUAUCUAUCAUCUAUCUUACUAUAUAUGGCUCAUUACCUGGUUGAUUUUUCCCCAGAUGUUAUGGUAAAAUCCUACAGAAGGUGAUGGCCCUUUGUUUGUAUUAAAAGCUCUUAACCCUAUGGGGAAUUUUCACAGCUAAGGUUUCUAAAUUUUUAGUUCAACUGCUUAAUGAAGGAAGUGCACUUUUGUGUAACACUGUACAAGAUAUAUAAAUCCUCUUUUCCUUUCUCAACUGAGAGCAAAAGACAUCAUCUCUUCUAAGCUUUAUGACUUUCCUUUUAUGAGAACAAUGUAUGACCAUAUUUUGGCAUCUUUUAUUCUAUUAUAAGCAUGUGUUCAAGCUUCUUGAGUCCUAUUGUCAUGUUUUGGGGAGAGUUAUCUACCUACAAUUUCUGUUGUUCGGAAGUUUGGGAAAACAACAGUAGUGGCAAGUUCUCUCAGAAGGUACCACAUAGUUGAAAUUAUGCUCUAUUCUGUUCUAUGUUGGGCUCACCACAUGUUAGAGGGACUGGAUACAAAAUAAAGUAGACUGGGGAUGGAAUUGGAUGAACCCAAAAUUCCAGAGUUGGAAUGCCCUCAUUUUUUGAUGUUUGCCUCAGCUAUAUUUAUCUAGCUAUGUUUCCCUUUCUCUUCUUCAAGCAAGGCAAUACUGUGUAAAGCAAAUGAAGUCAAAAUAAUUUGUAGUUUGGCUAAUACAAUUCUGUAAUAUGCUCAGCUCCUUAACACAAUAGCAUUUCACUCUUCAUAGAGUAAAAAAAGAAAAGUUGCUGCUGUAUGGUCUUUGGUCAUAUUGGAGCAUUUUAAAUUAUUUUAUUGGUCAUGAGAAAAUGUUUCCUAUUGAAAUCUGUGGAAUCCAAAAGGGGCAAUCCCAUGCACAUGCAUUUUGGGGACUAAGUCCAGAAGUUAUUUCUAACCAUAUGUUUAUAGGGUGACUAUGAUGAUUGAUGAAUGUUUUAUUUUGACUGAAUUGUACCCUUUUACUUCAUCACAUUGAAUAGUUGGGUCUGGGCCAUCUUCUAAAUAGCAUUUGAUACAAAUGUAUUCUUCCCCUUCUUCUCUGAAAUCUUUACGUGAUGUAUAUAUUUGAUAUUUCAUAUUUUUACCUGAAACAUGUUUUAACUACUUUUUCAUCUGAAAAGCAUUGUAAGGUAUGUUUGCUUUAUUCUCAAAUUACUAUGGCAAAAAUGACAUCAUCUCAGAGUGCAAGAGUACUUUCAAUAUAUUAGAAAUGGAAUAGAAACAUUUUUAUAGAAAAUAUUGUUUUAAGGAAUAAACUAGGCACAAUAUAUACUGAAAGCACAACUCUGGAGAAGAAAACUGUGCAUACAGUUUUUAACUGUGUUUAACUGUGCUAACUAACUUUCUAAGUUUUGAGCACGCUUCAUGAGAACUGGAUUGCACCUAAACAUUGUGCAGAAUUUGUAUUUCUGUCCCAUUGGCUAGGAAAAUAAACGCUAGUCACUUUAUUCCUUCCUCAGAUUUACAUAAUUCAUAACCAAUGAAUAGAAGUAAUUAAAUACUUUCUGUUCUACAGCAAAAGUUUGCGCCAAACAAAACACGAGUGCAGUGCAUAAUGUAUUAAAAAUGGAGCUCUUCAGAGUUGUCCUGAUAUUUUCAAGAUAAUUUUUUUGCAACGAAGAGCCACUGAGUCCUACUUUUGGCAUCUUUCAAUAAAGCUAAACUCAACAUGCCGAAUGCAGAGCUGCUAUUGAAAAUUGCUAAUAUUUCCAUACUUUCUAUGAUAUUAAUCUAAUUGCAUACUGAGACCACGAUUGCUUACUGAGAUCCCCACCAGCAGUUGAUGACACAUGGGCUGGCAAGCCCAAAACAUCCUAAUAUCCAAACACAACAAGUUCUUUGCUGUUGAUGGGAGGAGCUUAUUUUAAGGCUGCCAUUUUCAGCAAGGACAGAAUAUGUUUACUUCUUGUUGGAUAUGAUUGUUGGUAUUUACUGGACAAGAAUGCUGAUUGAAGUCCAAAAUGGAAUUUCGUCUCAAAAUGACAAAAACAAUGUUGAUUUUUCAAUGCAAAGCAGGAAUAAGAGUGGUAUGGAUCUAGCUGAAAUGAAUUGCAACAAUCUGUCUAAUUCAAAAAAGAAGAAAAUGUUCCCUGAAUGUUUUUAUGCUUUGUUCAGAGGUCUCUUUUUUUCCUUUUCACACUUUGGGAAAGUGGUAGUGUCUAGUAGAAUUACCUACAUGUUAUGGCACUAUGUGUUUGUUGUUUUCUGUGUCUUUUGUAUAGAUGCAGUAAGAAUUUAUUGUUAUCUGGACUGGUAUUUAUCAUUACCUCUUGUCUCCCCCAGGAAAUUGAAUCAGAUUCAAUCCUAACCAACUAUGGUGGCAGUUUUACAGUUUAGCAGAUAGCUUUCUUUAGGAUCCUCCUUUUUUUCCUCCCUUUCUUGAAAUUGCUUUUUAAAGAAAAACAAAACAUAAAUUGUAUUUUGGCUUUGGAGAGUGAAAGUUUACCCCAUAUACAUUAUGAUAAUAAAAAAGCUGACCUAGUCAUUGCAAUGAUGCUUCAUUUAUAAAUAUUGCUUGAGAGACAAAAAUGAUGAAAAGGGUUGACAGUAAAAAGCCUUAAAACCUGCUGAUUUUUUUUUUUAAAAAAUGAGGGCACAGGCCUUUGUUUAGUGACAGAAACACACAGGGUUUCUCAAUAUGCAGAAUAGUAGUUUUCUUGGUGCAAAAGCUUUGCUGAAGCCAGCAAGAUACACUAAAGCACACAUUAUGUUAAAGAAAAAGUCCAGUGGGUCUUUUCAUAUGUAAUACUUCUAGCUAAAAAACAAAACAUAGUUUAUUGAUCCAAGAAUAGGUUCCCAUAUUUGCUUUUCUUCUUGAAUGUUACUUUUGAUAUUUUUAUUCUGAUGUGCUCCCCAAUAUAUCUGACAUCCUUAUGUCAGACAUCCUAUGGUUUAAAAUCAGUUAUUAAGUAGGAUCUGAAAUCAUUAUGGAACAUAGUUUAAGAUCCUAAAUGUUAGUUAACUAACAUUAAAAAACCAUUCCUUGUCCCUGAUAUAUACAAGGAACUUCAUAGUUUGAAUCAAAUCAAUCUAAAUUACCAGAAGUAGUUUACAAAGAGAAAAGAUUAUGGGGAAACAUAUCUACCCUUUUGGGAGUUGCUAUUUCAACCCAUCUGGAGCCAAUCCAACUUUUUUUAAAAAUGGGGAUGAUUGUUAUGAUCAUGUCCUUUUAUUGUCUCAUUUUGAAAGAAGUAGUUUAAAGCUUGCUUCUGCUAAAGAUUUAUGGAAAGGUACAGAGGCUUGAAAGAGAGACAUUAUCCUUACAUUAUUACAGAAAGCUCUUCAGCUCUCUCCAUAUUCAAAACAGCAUGAAAUUCUCUAGCAGUUCACUUUAUUAUCCUCCUACUGUAUUAUCCCCUUGGCCAUGACCAAACAUACCCAACUAAAGCCAUACUUAAUUUCUUAGACAUCAUUUUGAGGACUAUACAUUGUUAGUAACAUUAGUGACGUAAACUUUAGCGCUGUUUGUCUUGAAAUGAAAUGUGAUUCAUUGAACUCAAUGACCUUUUAAAACUUAUGCCAUUUAUUUAUUUGAAACAUAGCUUAUGGAAAAAGGAGAGCAAGUGACGCUUCAAAACGGUCAUGGGGUGGGGAGAGUACCAAGCAAACCUUGAUUUGCUUUUUUAAAAAGACCUUACCUGAUUAUUCCCCAGUUAUUUAAUUGUAAUUUCAUUGUUUUGUUAGUUGUGUUGCCUUUGUGCCUCCCAAAGCACAUCAGAUUGAGUGUGAAAUAUCAAUUUUUCUUCUAUUUUAAAGGAUAUUUUUUCAUCCUCCCAAUGAUUUAUUUUAGAAUUUCAUUUUUAAAGAAUAAAAUUAUCACCCCAUGCCAUAGAUUUCGUUGCCAUGCUGAGACACUAGAGCAGCACAAGUUGCUGAAGUUGUUGUACUAUGUCUCCUGUUCAUUUAAAAAGAAGAAGAAAAGGAAAAAAAAAGAGAAUAGCUUUAUUAAUUUGGAAUUUGGAAGCAUUCAGACCAACAAUUCUAUGAAGCAAAGCCCUGUAAUUCGAUUUCUCUAAGUAUACCUCCUGGGAAUUCUUGAGAGAGAAUUGUGGCCACCUCAUUUCCACGAAUCUGACAUGGAUUUUUUUUAAAAAAAAUUUAUUUUUUGCAUGAGUACUCUAAUUUUUGAUAACGCUGCACCUGAUUACUGUUGAUUUUGUAGCCAGGCUUUCCUUGAUCAACUUCUAAUGUCAGGACACUGCAGCAAAUCUAAAACUGAGCCAAGUCCAGCAAUAGUAAUUAUUCAAAUUGUCCAUAGAAUAUACUAAAAAAUAAAAGAUGGCAGCCAUAGCAGUAUAGUCAAAGCUCUGCUUGUUUAUGUACAAUGCAACACAGAGAAAAAAUUAGUGGAGCUUUGAUCACAACAUUAAGACCAUUAUUUUGCCUUUAUUGACCAUUCCUGUGGACCUCCCUGUAUUUAUACCUUCAAUCCCAUUCCCCUCCCCCUUUUUUUGUUAGCAAAACUGGAUGGGACUAGGUUAGAAAAGACAGAAGGUACUUUUAAUAUAGGAAAAAGAAAUUGACAUAGAGAAAUUGAUUUAAAACAUUUUUUUUUAAAGACCUGGAAAUUCUGUGCUGACAUUCAUUUUUCUCCUCUUUCCCUAUUUUCCCUACUACAGAAGCUGGAGCUUAGAGUGUGUGCCUAGACCUUAAAUGCACCAGCGGAAGGAUUAGAUAAAACAAAUCCUUCAAAUUACCAGUUAUUCUCCCUUAACCAGUACAAUUAUUCUUGUGCCUUCUGUGGCUUACAAUUUUCAUAUGUUUGGACCUUCCUUCCUUCACGCAAUUCCCCAGAUGCAAUAAACACUGGUUUUCUCUCCACUUUUUUUCCAGCUGUUUAACACAAUGUUGAUAGCUAUGCACAUUUUGUGUCUUUUUAAAGAAAAUUAAAAACAAAAGCAGGAGAAUAAGUUUUUGAAGAAGAUAAUUUUUAGAACAGUUUGAUACCGCAAAUUAUUUUUUCUCAAUCGUUUGAGGAGCAUUCAAUUUUGAAAAUUUCUUGUAGAAGCCAAUUUUUUGUAACAGUGGUGCAGAUCUUGUGUUUUCUUAGCCUAACAAACAGUAGUAUAGGAGCAAUAUUUCAUACGUAUUAUAUAUAUGUGUAUACAUAUACAUACAUAUAUAACAAUAUAUACACCUGCUAAUAUAUAUAUAAAGAUAUAUAUAUGUAUAUAUACCUAUACACACACAAUAAGCGUGUGAAGUGAAAUGCUUACAUUUUUCCAGUGUAGAUUAAGAACCUAUUUUAGACAUUUGUUAUGCUUUGUGAGAAGAAUGUUCUAUUUGAAGCUAUAAAACACUUAAUUCUUACUGUAUCUCUGGUUGUGUAAUGGGAACGCUUCACAUUAAAUGAUUUUUAAAAAGUGAAAGAUAUUAGGAUGUAAUAAUUAUUUAAGGAAGUGUUCACCCAUAUAUUCUUGAGGUUUGCUUUGUGCCUCUGAGUAUUAUUUAAUUUAAAGUGUUUUAAGUUUGCAGAAUCAUUGUUACUGUACCGAGUAUGUGGGUGAACAACGAUAGCCAAGGGGAAUUUUUUAUAAAGCAAUGUAUAUAUUCAGCUUGAGGGCUCUUCUUGAACAAAAGGCAUAUGAUUUUAAUAACUACAUUCUGAGAACAUCUGUUAAAUUUAUAGGAAUUGCUGCAGUAACUGCAUAGAUAGUUGAAAGCAUUCUUUAAAACCCAGCUCAAUACUUUUUAAAGAUAGAUUCCUCUCAUCAUGUAUCCAGGAGAAGAGUGAUCCACUUUCUGUAACGUUACAGAAUUUUUUUCUAUGUGCACAAUGUAAUUUAUUGGCAAUGGAUUCCUUCCUACACAGGUUACUAUUAAGUGAAAAGUAAAAGUGAAGAUUUUGUGGCUUUAAAUAUAGGACUUUCACCAGCAGAACUGAAAGAUAUAAAUAUAUAUAUAUAUAAAAUAUAUAUAAAUAAAUAAUUAUAUAUAUAUAUAUAAAAGUGGUUUGCAAAUCCCCUCAAAGGAGCAUUGUACAUGAGAAGUAAUUUUUUUUAAUCCUCUUCUAUUUGUCAUGUGUAUUAUAUAGUAAUUAUUGGUGUUUUAGUGCAAAGACUUCUUUUGGAUAUGUAUUCUGUGUUUGGAAAUUUUAAUAAACAUUGUUUUUAAAAAGCUCCCCUUAAUGAAUGUAACUGGUUUAUAUUAGUAAACAGUUACUCUAUUGCACUUAAAUGUUCUGUUGAAGGAAAUACAGUUUUGUUGGUUAUAAACCAUUGAAAAUAUUAAGAGUUUGACCUGGGAUAUAAACUGUCAUUUAACCUUUGAAUCUUCUUAGGGCUAACUCUGUUUCAAACUAUGAAAAGUGCAAAAUCUUCAGCUAUUUUCUCUACUCAGACAGCAAAAAUGUCCAAGAAAUAUAUGGUAAAAUGUAGAUAAGAUGACAAGUUUAAAUUUUGUUCCCAGUCUUUCUACUCUAGACUUUGUUAAGGCAUUAAUAUAAUACUGUAGAAUUUAUUUAAAAAAUGUAAACACACAUAUACAUUUUUAUCAGGAAGAUAUUCAUAUUAAUCUGAACUCAAGAAUCAGAGAAAUUCUGUACCUUUAUAAACUGGAAGAAUCAAAGGUUAAGGCAUAAAUAUUGCUGUUGUCCCAGCUACUUCUCAUAUGUAUAUAGUUAAAAAAGUUACAAAACACUGCCUUUAUAUUAUUUAGCAAUAUGUUGUAAAUAGCAUUAUCAAAGUUCUUUUGUAAUAAAAACCCUUUAAUUUGAAGUUAGUACAAUAACUGAAUUAAUGAAUUCAAUUUUUGGAUUAUUUUUAAUUUUAUUAUUUAGAUAGAGGCAAUUUCAACUGUGGGGGAGUUUGUUGUUGUCUAUUGUUCUGAAGACUUCGCAUAAUUUAUUGGUUUAAUUUAUCCUAAUUUAUUUGAUGGUGUACAAUUUUGUAUUGCCAAGGAUGUACUGUAAUAUUAAUUGAUGAUGUGAUAAAACAUGAAGACUCCCCUGUCUGUAUGGAGGAAAAAAAAGGUGCAGUAGACAAUUGACUGAAAAACUUACAAUUCUAGCUUGGCAGCUACUAAAUUGAAAAGAAAUCAGGAAAAAAUGUUUUUUUGGGGGGGAGGAGUUGGGGGAAAACUUUUUUUGUGUGUGUUUUAAGCUUUUGUAUACUCUCCAGAUCUUUACCUUUUUGCUUUGUACCACUUAAAGGAUACAGUAGUUCAAUUGCCUUGUGUGCCUUCCAUCUUCUCUAAAUUGAAUGUAUGUGCAGUAUAUAUGCAAGCUUGUGCAAAAUAAAAUAUAAAUUACAAGCUCA